AUGGGGGGCAAAUCUGCAACCAAGGCUGGCUACUUUGACAAGCUCAAGGCCUUGCUCGAAGAGUACAAGAGUAUCUUCAUCGUCACCGUCGACAAUGUCUCAUCCCAACAGAUGCACGAGAUCCGUCACUCCCUUCGUGGCAAGGGUGUCGUUUUGAUGGGCAAGAACACCAUGGUCCGCCGUGCGCUCAAGGGCUUCAUCGGCGAUAACCCGGAGUACGAGCGUCUGUUGCCGUUCGUCAAGGGCAACGUUGGCUUCAUUUUCACCAACGGAGACCUCAAGGAGACCCGUGAGCAGAUUCUCGCCAACCGUGUUGCCGCCCCUGCUCGUGCUGGUGCCGUUGCUCCUGCUGAUGUCUUCGUGCCCGCCGGUAACACUGGUAUGGAACCCGGAAAGACCUCCUUCUUCCAAGCUCUCGGUGUUCCAACCAAGAUUGCUCGUGGUACCAUUGAAAUUACCUCGGACUUGAAGCUCGUUGAGGCUGGUAACAAGGUCGGAGCCUCCGAGGCCACCCUUCUCAACAUGUUGAACAUCUCUCCGUUCACGUACGGUAUGGGUAUCUCCCAAAUUUACGACGACGGACAGACUUUCGACUCAAGCGUGCUCGACAUUGAGGAGUCCCAACUUCUCAAGACUUUCACCUCUGCGAUCGCCACCAUUGCCACCAUCUCCCUUGCCCUCAACUACCCAACACUUCCUUCAGUUAUGCACUCCGUUGUAAACUCUUACAAGAACGUUUUGGCUAUUGCCGUUGGAACCGACUACUCAUGGGAAGGCAUUGAGGAGCUCAAGGACCGCAUCGCCAACCCCGACGCAUACGCAUCCUCAGCUCCCGCUGCCGGUGGUGCUGCCGCUGCCGCAGACGAUGCCCCGGCUGCUGAGGCCGCCAAAGAAGAGGAGGCUGAAGAGUCUGAUGACGACAUGGGCUUCGGUCUGUUCGACUAA